CCGUCAACGACUUUGCUCCCCCAUCUCAUCCUUCUCUCUCUCCGUCGCCACUGAGCCUGCCAUACUCACCAGCACACCACUCACCACCACCACCACCAGACACCUCUGACACCUGUCCCACGCAUCCCUUCCCCUCGCCCGCACCCCACCCCCAGCGCACAAAAUGUCCAACGGCGUGCUCGACAACGGCACCAACAUCGGCACCGCGGCCCGCAAGGCCUCCAUCUCGAACGGCCAGAGCUUCGCCCUCGAGCGCCGCCCUUCGUCUGGCACCCCCGAGCCCAUCCAGGGCUUCACGGCGCUCGACAAGCCGGUCCAGGCCAACGGUGGCCCUCAGCUCAGCCGUCGUAGCUCCUCGAGCGCGCCCAACGGCCACCACGUCGUUUACCACACCAGGACGCAGGCCGAUGCCGACUUCCCCCAUGCCGAGAAGAGGACGAUUGCCGACCACCUCCGCAAGUACGAGUCGCUCCUCACCAUCACCCCCCAGCGCAUGCGCAUGAUCGUCACGGCCUUUGAGGAGACGCUCGACAAGGGCCUCCAGAGGAGCGGCGAGGUUGUUCCUAUGAUCCCCACCUUUGUCUUCGGAUGGCCUUCUGGAAAGGAGACUGGUGACUUCCUCGCUGUCGACCUCGGAGGCACCAACCUCCGUGUCUGUCUCGUCUCGCUCUAUGGCGAGGGCAAGUUCGAGGUCACCCAGACCAAGUACCGCCUCACCGAGGAGCAGAAGCAGGGCGAGGGCUCUGACCUCUUCGACUUCUGUGCCCAGUGCCUGGACAGCUUCAUCCGUGACAACCUCGGCCGUGGUGACGAUGACGAGCUCCUUCCCCUAGGCUUCACCUUCUCGUACCCCUGCGAGCAGCUCCGUAUCGACCAUGGAACCCUCAUCCGCUGGACCAAGGGCUUCGGCGCUGCCAACGUCGAGGGCAACGACGCGGCCGACCUGUUCAAGAACUCGCUCAAGAAGUUUAACGUUCGUGCCGAGCUCACCGCCCUCAUCAACGACACCACCGGCACCCUUAUUGCCUCCAACUACGUCAACCCCAACACCCGCAUCGCCGUCAUCUUCGGUACCGGCUGCAACGCUGCCUACAUGGAGACGGCCGAGAACAUUCCCAAGAUCGAGUUCAUGGGCCUUCCCAAGUCGCAGGACAUGGCGAUCAACUGCGAGUGGGGAGCGUUCGACUCGUUCAAGCACGAGCACCUGCCCCGUACCCGCUACGACAUCAUCAUCGACGAGUCGUCCAACAAGCCCGGAGAGCAGUCGUUUGAGAAGAUGAUCGCCGGUCUCUACCUCGGCGAGAUCUUCCGUCUGAUCCUCUGCGAGCUCAUCGACUCUGGUGACCUCUUCCUCGGCCAGAACACCUACAAGCUUGAGAAGGCAUACGCGUUCGACACUGCCUUCCUCUCGCUCAUGGAGAGCGACCCUACCGACGAGCUCCUCACCAUCAUUGGUGUCUUCAACCACUUCUUCGGUAUCGAGACGACGCUGGAGGAGCGCCAGUUCUUCAGGAAGCUGGCCGUUCUGAUCGGUACCCGCUCUGCCCGCCUCUCGGCAUGCGGUAUCGCUGCCAUUGCCCAGAAGAAGGGCUACCUGGAGAAGGGCUGCGCUGUCGGCGCCGACGGCUCGCUCUACAACAAAUACCCUCACUUCGCCGACCGCAUCCACGAGGCGCUGGUCGACAUCUUUGGCGAGGCAGGACGGAAGAUUGUGACGCACCACGCCGAGGACGGCUCGGGCGUGGGCAGCGCUAUCAUCGCUGCCAUGACCAAGAAGCGCAAGAGCGAGGGCUACUUUGCCGACUACUAGAGGGGGUCCCGACGUGUUAUACAGUGUGAUAUUGGAUGUACAGAUCUAGGCUG